AUGAUGCUCAUGGAUCGGCGAUUAACGGCGAGUAUGGUUGGCCCCCUCCUGAUCCCUCUCCCCCCUCCCCCAACCCACCCCCCCCUCCCCCCCCUCUUCUUCUCCAUCCCACACUGGACACCCCUCUACUUCCAUCCACCCCCUCCCGUUCUCUUCCCCCACCCCCUGCCCUCCUUCCCCUUGUCUCCCAUCUCCCCCCCUUGCCCUCCUCCCUCCCCCUUUCUCCCCCUCUCCCCCGAUCCCCUUUUCUUCCUCACACCGCCUACUUUCUCCGCGCAUCCUUCAGCGCGCAACGACGAUGGGCGCAGUUGCGGGUCGCGUCUGGCGCUCACAGUGCGGCAGCAGCUCAAUGGCAGCAAGAGAGUCACGAUUCAGAUGCUCGGAGUGGUGCUAAACCAAUCAUCACCAGAAGAGCUGCAAUCCGGAGCAUCGUUGCGGAGUGGGGCAGCGGAGAUAGUGCGCGAGGUGGCGAGGCAGGCCGAUGUGUACCUCAUGGCACAAGUGCACAGUGACGAGAGCGAGGCCACCAUCCUGUCAGCACUAGAGGAGGCCUGUCUCUUCUCCCUGCCUGACGGCUCGCCAGGGCCGAUCAACCGAGACAAGGUGCUGUUCUGUGAGAAGGACGUUGGAGUAGCGUCAUUCGUGAGGCAGCUUGAGCCGGACUGGCACUUUGAGGCGUUUGACAGCACGGUGGAGCAGCUGCGGCGGUUUGUGAAGUACAUUCUGCACAUCACACCAGCGGCCACGGGGGCAGUGGCAGCCAAUGCAGCAGAGAGCAUUGAGCAUCGGGUGCAGGGGUUGGAUGGGUCGAGUGCCACUCGUGCAGGGGUUGGAUGGGUCGAGUGCCACUCGUGCAGGGGUUGGAUGGGUCGAGUGCCACUCGUGCAGGGGUUGGAUGCGUCGAGUGCCACUCGUGCAGGGGUUGGAUGGGUCGAGUGUCACUCGUGCAGGGGUUGGAUGGGUCGAGUGCCACUCGUGCAGGGGUUGGAUGGGUCGAGUGCCACUCGUGCAGGGGUUGGAUGGGUCGAGUGCCACUCGUGCAGGGGUUGGAUGGGUCGAGUGUCACUCGUGCAGGGGUUGGAUGGGUCGAGUGCCACUCGUGCGGGGGUUGGAUGGGUCGAGUGCCACUCGUGCAGGGGUUGGAUGGGUCGAGUGCCACUCGUGCAGGGGUUGGAUGGGUCGAGUGCCACUCGUGCAGGGGUUGGAUGGGUCGAGUGCCACUCGUGCAGGGGUUGGAUGGGUCGAGUGUCACUCGAGCAGGGGUUGGAUGGGUCGAGUGUCACUCGAGCAGGGGUUGGAUGGGUCGAGUGUCACUCGAGCAGGGGUUGGAUGGGUCGAGUGUCACACGAGCAGGGGUUGGAUGGGUCGAGUGUCACUCGAGCAGGGGUUGGAUGGGUCGAGUGUCACACGAGCAGGGGUUGGAUGGGUCGAGUGUCACUCGAGCAGGGGUUGGAUGGGUCGAGUGUCACUCGAGCAGGGGUUGGAUGGGUCGAGUGUCACUCGAGCAGGGGUUGGAUGGGUCGAGUGUCACUCGAGCAGGGGUUGGAUGGGUCGAGUGUCACUCGAGCAGGGGUUGGAUGGGUCGAGUGUCACUCGAGCAGGGGUUGGAUGGGUCGAGUGUCACUCGAGCAGGGGUUGGAUGGGUCGAGUGUCACUCGAGCAGGGGUUGGAUGGGUCGAGUGUCACUCGAGCAGGGGUUGGAUGGGUCGAGUGUCACUCGAGCAGGGGUUGGAUGGGUCGAGUGUCACUCGAGCAGGGGUUGGAUGGGUCGAGUGUCACUCGAGCAGGGGUUGGAUGGGUCGAGUGUCACUCGUGCAGGGGUUGGAUGGGUCGAGUGUCACUCGAGCAGGGGUUGGAUGGGUCGAGUGUCACUCGAGCAGGGGUUGGAUGGGUCGAGUGUCACUCGAGCAGGGGUUGGAUGGGUCGAGUGUCACUCGAGCAGGGGUUGGAUGGGUCGAGCGUCACUCGUGCAGGGGUUGGAUGGGUCGAGCGUCACUCGUGCAGGGGUUGGAUGGGUCGAGUGUCACUCGUGCAGGGGUUGGAUGGGUCGAGUGUCACUCGAGCAGGGGUUGGAUGGGUCGAGUGUCACUCGUGCAGGGGUUGGAUGGGUCGAGUGCCACUCGUGCAGGGGUUGGAUGGGUCGAGUGCCACUCGUGCAGGGGUUGGAUGGGUCGAGUGUCACUAGUGCAGGGGUUGGAUGGGUCGAGUGCCACUCGUGCAGGGGUUGGAUGGGUCGAGUGCCACUCGUGCAGGGGUUGGAUGGGUCGAGUGCCACUCGUGCAGGGGUUGGAUGGGUCGAGUGUCACUCGUGCAGGGGUUGGAUGGGUCGAGUGCCACUCGUGCAGGGGUUGGAUGGGUCGAGUGUCACUCGUGCAGGGGUUGGAUGGGUCGAGUGCCACUCCUGCAGGGGUUGGAUGGGUCGAGUGCCACUCGUGCAGGGGUUGGAUGGGUCGAGUGCCACUCGUGCAGGGGUUGGAUGGGUCGAGUGUCACUCGUGCAGGGGUUGGAUGGGUCGAGUGCCACUUGUGCAGGGGUUGGAUGGGUCGAGUGCCACUCGUGCAGGGGUUGGAUGGGUCGAGUGCCACUCGUGCAGGGGUUGGAUGGGUCGAGUGCCACUCGUGCAGGGGUUGGAUGGGUCGAGUGUCACUCGUGCAGGGGUUGGAUGGGUCGAGUGCCACUCGUGCGGGGGUUGGAUGGGUCGAGUGCCACUCGUGCAGGGGUUGGAUGGGUCGAGUGCCACUCGUGCAGGGGUUGGAUGGGUCGAGUGCCACUCGUGCAGGGGUUGGAUGGGUCGAGUGCCACUCGUGCAGGGGUUGGAUGGGUCGAGUGUCACUCGAGCAGGGGUUGGAUGGGUCGAGUGUCACUCGAGCAGGGGUUGGAUGGGUCGAGUGUCACACGAGCAGGGGUUGGAUGGGUCGAGUGUCACUCGAGCAGGGGUUGGAUGGGUCGAGUGUCACACGAGCAGGGGUUGGAUGGGUCGAGUGUCACUCGAGCAGGGGUUGGAUGGGUCGAGUGUCACUCGAGCAGGGGUUGGAUGGGUCGAGUGUCACUCGAGCAGGGGUUGGAUGGGUCGAGUGUCACUCGAGCAGGGGUUGGAUGGGUCGAGUGUCACUCGAGCAGGGGUUGGAUGGGUCGAGUGUCACUCGAGCAGGGGUUGGAUGGGUCGAGUGUCACUCGAGCAGGGGUUGGAUGGGUCGAGUGUCACUCGAGCAGGGGUUGGAUGGGUCGAGUGUCACUCGUGCAGGGGUUGGAUGGGUCGAGUGUCACUCGAGCAGGGGUUGGAUGGGUCGAGUGUCACUCGAGCAGGGGUUGGAUGGGUCGAGUGUCACUCGAGCAGGGGUUGGAUGGGUCGAGUGUCACUCGAGCAGGGGUUUGGAUGGGUCGAGCGUCACUCGUGCAGGGGUUGGAUGGGUCGAGCGUCACUCGUGCAGGGGUUGGAUGGGUCGAGUGUCACUCGUGCAGGGGUUGGAUGGGUCGAGUGUCACUCGAGCAGGGGUUGGAUGGGUCGAGUGUCACUCGUGCAGGGGUUGGAUGGGUCGAGUGCCACUCGUGCAGGGGUUGGAUGGGUCGAGUGCCACUCGUGCAGGGGUUGGAUGGGUCGAGUGCCACUCGUGCAGGGGUUGGAUGGGUCGAGUGCCACUCGUGCAGGGGUUGGAUGGGUCGAGUGUCACUCGUGCAGGGGUUGGAUGGGUCGAGUGUCACUCGAGCAGGGGUUGGAUGGGUCGAGUGUCACUCGUGCAGGGGUUGGAUGGGUCGAGUGUCACUCGUGCAGGGGUUGGAUGGGUCGAGUGUCACUCGAGCAGGGGUUGGAUGGGUCGAGUGUCACUCGAGCAGGGGUUGGAUGGGUGGAGUGUCACUCGAGCAGGGGUUGGAUGGGUCGAGUGUCACUCGAGCAGGGGUUGGAUGGGUCGAGUGUCACUCGAGCAGGGGUUGGAUGGGUCGAGUGUCACUCGAGCAGGGGUUGGAUGGGUCGAGUGUCACUCGAGCAGGGGUUGGAUGGGUCGAGUGUCACUCGAGCAGGGGUUGGAUGGGUCGAGUGUCACUCGAGCAGGGGUUGGAUGGGUCGAGUGUCACUCGAGCAGGGGUUGGAUGGGUCGAGUGUCACUCGUGCAGGGGUUGGAUGGGUCGAGUGUCACUCGAGCAGGGGUUGGAUGGGUCGAGUGUCACUCGAGCAGGGGUUGGAUGGGUCGAGUGUCACUCGAGCAGGGGUUGGAUGGGUCGAGUGUCACUCGAGCAGGGGUUGGAUGGGUCGAGUGUCACUCGAGCAGGGGUUGGAUGGGUCGAGUGUCACUCGUGCAGGGGUUGGAUGGGUCGAGUGUCACUCGAGCAGGGGUUGGAUGGGUCGAGUGUCACUCGUGCAGGGGUUGGAUGGGUCGAGUGUCACUCGUGCAGGGGUUGGAUGGGUCGAGUGUCACUCGAGCAGGGGUUGGAUGGGUCGAGUGUCACUCGAGCAGGGGUUGGAUGGGUCGAGUGUCACUCGAGCAGGGGUUGGAUGGGUCGAGUGCCACUCGUGCAGGGGUUGGAUGGGUCGAGUGCCACUCGUGCAGGGGUUGGAUGGGUCGAGUGCCACUUGUGCAGGGGUUGGAUGGGUCGAGUGCCACUCGUGCAGGGGUUGGAUGGGUCGAGUGUCACUCGUGCAGGGGUUGGAUGGGUCGAGUGCCACUCGUGCAGGGGUUGGAUGGGUCGAGUGCCACUCGUGCAGGGGUUGGAUGGGUCGAGUGCCACUCGUGCAGGGGUUGGAUGGGUCGAGUGCCACUCGAGCAGGGGUUGGAUGGGUCGAGUGCCAAUCGUGCAGGGGUUGGAUGGGUCGAGUGCCACUCGUGCAGGGGUUGGAUGGGUCGAGUGCCACUCGUGCAGGGGUUGGAUGGGUCGAGUGUCACUCGAGCAGGGGUUGGAUGGGUCGAGUGUCACUCGAGCAGGGGUUGGAUGGGUCGAGUGUCACUCGAGCAGGGGUUGGAUGGGUCGAGUGUCACUCGAGCAGGGGUUGGAUGGGUCGAGUGUCACUCGAGCAGGGGUUGGAUGGGUCGAGUGUCACUCGAGCAGGGGUUGGAUGGGUCGAGUGUCACUCGAGCAGGGGUUGGAUGGGUCGAGUGCCACUCGUGCAGGGGUUGGAUGGGUCGAGUGCCACUCGUGCAGGGGUUGGAUGGGUCGAGUGCCACUCGAGCAGGGGUUGGAUGGGUCGAGUGUCACUCGAGCAGGGGUUGGAUGGGUCGAGUGUCACUCGUGCAGGGGUUGGAUGGGUCGAGUGUCACUCGUGCAGGGGUUGGAUGGGUCGAGUGUCACUCGAGCAGGGCUUGGAUGGGUCGAGUGUCACUCGAGCAGGGGUUGGAUGGGUCGAGUGUCACUCGAGCAGGGGUUGGAUGGGUCGAGUGUCACUCGAGCAGGGGUUGGAUGGGUCGAGUGUCACUCGAGCAGGGGUUGGAUGGGUCGAGUGUCACUCGUGCAGGGGUUGGAUGGGUCGAGUGUCACUCGUGCAGGGGUUGGAUGGGUCGAGUGUCACUCGAGCAGGGGUUGGAUGGGUCGAGUGUCACUCGAGCAGGGGUUGGAUGGGUCGAGUGUCACUCGAGCAGGGGUUGGAUGGGUCGAGUGUCACUCGUGCAGGGGUUGGAUGGGUCGAGUGUCACUCGUGCAGGGGUUGGAUGGGUCGAGUGCCACUCGUGCAGGGGUUGGAUGGGUCGAGUGUCACUCGAGCAGGGGUUGGAUGGGUCGAGUGUCACUCGUGCAGGGGUUGGAUGGGUCGAGUGUCACUCGUGCAGGGGUUGGAUGGGUCGAGUGUCACUCGAGCAGGGCUUGGAUGGGUCGAGUGUCACUCGAGCAGGGGUUGGAUGGGUCGAGUGUCACUCGAGCAGGGGUUGGAUGGGUCGAGUGUCACUCGUGCAGGGGUUGGAUGGGUCGAGUGUCACUCGUGCAGGGGUUGGAUGGGUCGAGUGUCACUCGAGCAGGGGUUGGAUGGGUCGAGUGUCACUCGAGCAGGGGUUGGAUGGGUCGAGUGUCACUCGUGCAGGGGUUGGAUGGGUCGAGUGUCACUCGUGCAGGGGUUGGAUGGGUCGAGUGUCACUCGAGCAGGGGUUGGAUGGGUCGAGUGUCACUCGUGCAGGGGUUGGAUGGGUCGAGUGCCACUCGUGCAGGGGUUGGAUGGGUCGAGUGCCACUCGUGCAGGGGUUGGAUGGGUCGAGUGUCACUCGAGCAGGGGUUGGAUGGGUCGAGUGUCACUCGAGCAGGGGUUGGAUGGGUCGAGUGUCACUCGUGCAGGGGUUGGAUGGGUCGAGUGUCACUCGUGCAGGGGUUGGAUGGGUCGAGUGUCACUCGAGCAGGGGUUGGAUGGGUCGAGUGUCACUCGUGCAGGGGUUGGAUGGGUCGAGUGUCACUCGAGCAGGGGUUGGAUGGGUCGAGUGUCACUCGAGCAGGGGUUGGAUGGGUCGAGUGUCACUCGAGCAGGGGUUGGAUGGGUCGAGUGUCACUCGAGCAGGGGUUGGAUGGGUCGAGUGUCACUCGAGCAGGGGUUGGAUGGGUCGAGUGUCACUCGUGCAGGGGUUGGAUGGGUCGAGUGUCACUCGUGCAGGGGUUGGAUGGGUCGAGUGUCACUCGAGCAGGGGUUGGAUGGGUCGAGUGUCACUCGUGCAGGGGUUGGAUGGGUCGAGUGUCACUCGUGCAGGGGUUGGAUGGGUCGAGUGUCACUCGAGCAGGGGUUGGAUGGGUCGAGUGUCACUCGAGCAGGGGUUGGAUGGGUCGAGUGUCACUCGAGCAGGGGUUGGAUGGGUCGAGUGUCACUCGUGCAGGGGUUGGAUGGGUCGAGUGUCACUCGUGCAGGGGUUGGAUGGGUCGAGUGUCACUCGAGCAGGGGUUGGAUGGGUCGAGUGUCACUCGUGCAGGGGUUGGAUGGGUCGAGUGUCACUCGAGCAGGGCUUGGAUGGGUCGAGUGUCACUCGAGCAGGGCUUGGAUGGGUCGAGUGUCACUCGAGCAGGGGUUGGAUGGGUCGAGUGCCACUCGUGCAGGGGUUGGAUGGGUCGAGUGUCACUCGUGCAGGGGUUGGAUGGGUCGAGUGUCACUCGUGCAGGGGUUGGAUGGGUCGAGUGUCACUCGUGCAGGGGUUGGAUGGGUCGAGUGUCACUCGAGCAGGGCUUGGAUGGGUCGAGUGUCACUCGAGCAGGGCUUGGAUGGGUCGAGUGUCACUCGAGCAGGGGUUGGAUGGGUCGAGUGUCACUCGAGCAGGGGUUGGAUGGGUCGAGUGUCACUCGAGCAGGGGUUGGAUGGGUCGAGUGUCACUCGUGCAGGGGUUGGAUGGGUCGAGUGUCACUCGUGCAGGGGUUGGAUGGGUCGAGUGUCACUCGAGCAGGGGUUGGAUGGGUCGAGUGUCACUCGAGCAGGGGUUGGAUGGGUCGAGUGUCACUCGAGCAGGGGGUUGGAUGGGUCGAGUGUCACUCGUGCAGGGGUUGGAUGGGUCGAGUGUCACUCGUGCAGGGGUUGGAUGGGUCGAGUGUCACUCGAGCAGGGGUUGGAUGGGUCGAGUGUCACUCGAGCAGGGGUUGGAUGGGUCGAGUGCCACUCGUGCAGGGGUUGGAUGGGUCGAGUGCCACUCGUGCAGGGGUUGGAUGGGUCGAGUGCCACUCGUGCAGGGGUUGGAUGGGUCGAGUGUCACUCGAGCAGGGGUUGGAUGGGUCGAGUGUCACUCGUGCAGGGGUUGGAUGGGUCGAGUGUCACUCGUGCAGGGGUUGGAUGGGUCGAGUGUCACUCGAGCAGGGCUUGGAUGGGUCGAGUGUCACUCGAGCAGGGGUUGGAUGGGUCGAGUGUCACUCGAGCAGGGGUUGGAUGGGUCGAGUGUCACUCGUGCAGGGGUUGGAUGGGUCGAGUGUCACUCGUGCAGGGGUUGGAUGGGUCGAGUGUCACUCGAGCAGGGGUUGGAUGGGUCGAGUGUCACUCGUGCAGGGGUUGGAUGGGUCGAGUGUCACUCGAGGAGGGGUUGGAUGGGUCGAGUGUCACUCGAGCAGGGGUUGGAUGGGUCGAGUGUCACUCGUGCAGGGGUUGGAUGGGUCGAGUGUCACUCGAGCAGGGGUUGGAUGGGUCGAGUGCCACUCGUGCAGGGGUUGGAUGGGUCGAGUGUCACUCGUGCAGGGGUUGGAUGGGUCGAGUGUCACUCGAGCAGGGCUUGGAUGGGUCGAGUGUCACUCGAGCAGGGCUUGGAUGGGUCGAGUGUCACUCGAGCAGGGGUUGGAUGGGUCGAGUGUCACUCGAGCAGGGGUUGGAUGGGUCGAGUGUCACUCGAGCAGGGGUUGGAUGGGUCGAGUGUCACUCGUGCAGGGGUUGGAUGGGUCGAGUGUCACUCGUGCAGGGGUUGGAUGGGUCGAGUGUCACUCGUGCAGGGGUUGGAUGGGUCGAGUGUCACUCGUGCAGGGGUUGGAUGGGUCGAGUGUCACUCGAGCAGGGGUUGGAUGGGUCGAGUGUCACUCGAGCAGGGGUUGGAUGGGUCGAGUGUCACUCGAGCAGGGGUUGGAUGGGUCGAGUGUCACUCGUGCAGGGGUUGGAUGGGUCGAGUGUCACUCGUGCAGGGGUUGGAUGGGUCGAGUGUCACUCGAGCAGGGGUUGGAUGGGUCGAGUGUCACUCGAGCAGGGGUUGGAUGGGUCGAGUGUCACUCGAGCAGGGGUUGGAUGGGUCGAGUGCCACUCGUGCAGGGGUUGGAUGGGUCGAGUGCCACUCGUGCAGGGGUUGGAUGGGUCGAGUGCCACUCGUUCAGGGGUUGGAUGGGUCGAGUGUCACUCGAGCAGGGGUUGGAUGGGUCGAGUGUCACUCGUGCAGGGGUUGGAUGGGUCGAGUGUCACUCGUGCAGGGGUUGGAUGGGUCGAGUGUCACUCGUGCAGGGGUUGGAUGGGUCGAGUGUCACUCGAGCAGGGGUUGGAUGGGUCGAGUGUCACUCGAGCAGGGGUUGGAUGGGUCGAGUGUCACUCGAGCAGGGGGUUGGAUGGGUCGAGUGUCACUCGUGCAGGGGUUGGAUGGGUCGAGUGUCACUCGUGCAGGGGUUGGAUGGGUCGAGUGUCACUCGAGCAGGGGUUGGAUGGGUCGAGUGUCACUCGAGCAGGGGUUGGAUGGGUCGAGUGUCACUCGAGCAGGGGUUGGAUGGGUCGAGUGUCACUCGUGCAGGGGUUGGAUGGGUCGAGUGUCACUCGUGCAGGGGUUGGAUGGGUCGAGUGCCACUCGUGCAGGGGUUGGAUGGGUCGAGUGCCACUCGUGCAGGGGUUGGAUGGGUCGAGUGUCACUCGAGCAGGGGUUGGAUGGGUCGAGUGUCACUCGUGCAGGGGUUGGAUGGGUCGAGUGUCACUCGAGCAGGGGGUUGGAUGGGUCGAGUGUCACUCGAGCAGGGGUUGGAUGGGUCGAGUGUCACUCGAGCAGGGGUUGGAUGGGUCGAGUGUCACUCGAGCAGGGGUUGGAUGGGUCGAGUGUCACUCGUGCAGGGGUUGGAUGGGUCGAGUGUCACUCGAGCAGGGGUUGGAUGGGUCGAGUGUCACUCGAGCAGGGGUUGGAUGGGUCGAGUGUCACUCGAGCAGGGGUUGGAUGGGUCGAGUGUCACUCGAGCAGGGGUUGGAUGGGUCGAGUGUCACUCGUGCAGGGGUUGGAUGGGUCGAGUGUCACUCGUGCAGGGGUUGGAUGGGCCGAGUGUCACUCGUGCAGGGGUUGGAUGGGUCGAGUGUCACUCGAGCAGGGGUUGGAUGGGUCGAGUGUCACUCGAGCAGGGGUUGGAUGGGUCGAGUGUCACUCGAGCAGAGGUUGGAUGGGUCGAGUGUCACUCGUGCAGGGGUUGGAUGGGUCGAGUGUCACUCGAGCAGGGGUUGGAUGGGUCGAGUUGUCACUCGAGCAGGGGUUGGAUGGGUCGAGUGUCACUCGAGCAGGGGUUGGAUGGGUCGAGUGUCACUCGAGCAGGGGUUGGAUGGGUCGAGUGUCACUCGAGCAGGGGUUGGAUGGGUCGAGUGUCACUCGUGCAGGGGUUGGAUGGGUCGAGUGUCACUCGAGCAGGGGUUGGAUGGGUCGAGUGUCACUCGAGCAGGGGCUGGAUGGGUCGAGUGUCACUCGAGCAGGGGUUGGAUGGGUCGAGUGUCACUCGAGCAGGGGUUGGAUGGGUCGAGUGUCACUCGUGCAGGGGUUGGAUGGGUCGAGUGUCACUCGUGCAGGGGUUGGAUGGGUCGAGUGUCACUCGAGCAGGGGUUGGAUGGGUCGAGUGUCACUCGAGCAGGGGUUGGAUGGGUCGAGUGUCACUCGAGCAGGGGUUGGAUGGGUCGAGUGUCACUCGAGCAGGGGUUGGAUGGGUCGAGUGUCACUCGAGCAGGGGUUGGAUGGGUCGAGUGUCACUCGUGCAGGGGUUGGAUGGGUCGAGUGUCACUCGUGCAGGGGUUGGAUGGGUCGAGUGUCACUCGAGCAGGGGUUGGAUGGGUCGAGUGUCACUCGUGCAGGGGUUGGAUGGGUCGAGUGUCACUCGAGCAGGGGUUGGAUGGGUCGAGUGUCACUCGAGCAGGGGUUGGAUGGGUCGAGUGUCACUCGUGCAGGGGUUGGAUGGGUCGAGUGCCACUCGUGCAGGGGUUGGAUGGGUCGAGUGCCACUCGUGCAGGGGUUGGAUGGGUCGAGUGCCACUCGUGCAGGGGUUGGAUGGGUCGAGUGCCACUCGUGCAGGGGUUGGAUGGGUCGAGUGCCACUCGUGCAGGGGUUGGAUGGGUCGAGUGCCACUCGUGCAGGGGUUGGAUGGGUCGAGUGCCACUCGUGCAGGGGUUGGAUGGGUCGAGUGCCACUCGAGCAGGGGUUGGAUGGGUCGAGUGCCACUCGUGCAGGGGUUGGAUGGGUCGAGUGCCACUCGUGCAGGGGUUGGAUGGGUCGAGUGCCACUCGUGCAGGGGUUGGAUGGGUCGAGUGUCACUCGUGCAGGGGUUGGAUGGGUCGAGUGCCACUCGUGCAGGGGUUGGAUGGGUCGAGUGCCACUCGUGCAGGGGUUGGAUGGGUCGAGUGUCACUCGUGCAGGGGUUGGAUGGGUCGAGUGUCACUCGUGCAGGGGUUGGAUGGGUCGAGUGUCACUCGAGCAGGGGUUGGAUGGGUCGAGUGUCACUCGAGCAGGGGUUGGAUGGGUCGAGUGUCACUCGAGCAGGGGUUGGAUGGGUCGAGUGUCACUCGAGCAGGGGUUGGAUGGGUCGAGUGUCACUCGAGCAGGGGUUGGAUGGGUCGAGUGUCACUCGAGCAGGGGUUGGAUGGGUCGAGUGCCACUCGUGCAGGGGUUGGAUGGGUCGAGUGCCACUCGUGCAGGGGUUGGAUGGGUCGAGUGUCACUCGUGCAGGGGUUGGAUGGGUCGAGUGUCACUCGAGCAGGGGUUGGAUGGGUCGAGUGUCACUCGAGCAGGGGUUGGAUGGGUCGAGUGUCACUCGAGCAGGGGUUGGAUGGGUCGAGUGUCACUCGAGCAGGGGUUGGAUGGGUCGAGUGUCACUCGAGCAGGGGUUGGAUGGGUCGAGUGUCACUCGUGCAGGGGUUGGAUGGGUCGAGUGUCACUCGUGCAGGGGUUGGAUGGGUCGAGUGUCACUCGAGCAGGGGUUGGAUGGGUCGAGUGUCACUCGAGCAGGGGUUGGAUGGGUCGAGUGUCACUCGAGCAGGGGUUGGAUGGGUCGAGUGUCACUCGAGCAGGGGUUGGAUGGGUCGAGUGUCACUCGUGCAGGGGUUGGAUGGGUCGAGUGUCACUCGUGCAGGGGUUGGAUGGGUCGAGUGUCACUCGUGCAGGGGUCGGAUGGGUCGAGUGUCACUCGAGCAGGGGUUGGAUGGGUCGAGUGUCACUCGAGCAGGGGUUGGAUGGGUCGAGUGUCACUCGAGCAGGGGUUGGAUGGGUCGAGUGUCACUCGAGCAGGGGUUGGAUGGGUCGAGUGUCACUCGUGCAGGGGUUGGAUGGGUCGAGUGUCACUCGUGCAGGGGUUGGAUGGGUCGAGUGCCACUCGUGCAGGGGUUGGAUGGGUCGAGUGCCACUCGUGCAGGGGUUGGAUGGGUCGAGUGCCACUCGUGCAGGGGUUGGAUGGGUCGAGUGUCACUCGAGCAGGGGUUGGAUGGGUCGAGUGUCACUCGAGCAGGGGUUGGAUGGGUCGAGUGUCACUCGAGCAGGGGUUGGAUGGGUCGAGUGUCACUCGAGCAGGGGUUGGAUGGGUCGAGUGUCACUCGUGCAGGGGUUGGAUGGGUCGAGUGUCACUCGUGCAGGGGUUGGAUGGGUCGAGUGUCACUCGAGCAGGGCUUGGAUGGGUCGAGUGUCACUCGAGCAGGGCUUGGAUGGGUCGAGUGUCACUCGAGCAGGGGUUGGAUGGGUCGAGUGUCACUCGAGCAGGGGUUGGAUGGGUCGAGUGUCACUCGAGCAGGGGUUGGAUGGGUCGAGUGUCACUCGUGCAGGGGUUGGAUGGGUCGAGUGUCACUCGAGCAGGGGUUGGAUGGGUCGAGUGUCACUCGAGCAGGGGUUGGAUGGGUCGAGUGUCACUCGAGCAGGGGGUUGGAUGGGUCGAGUGUCACUCGUGCAGGGGUUGGAUGGGUCGAGUGUCACUCGAGGAGGGGUUGGAUGGGUCGAGUGCCACUCGAGCAGGGGUUGGAUGGGUCGAGUGUCACUCGUGCAGGGGUUGGAUGGGUCGAGUGUCACUCGAGCAGGGGUUGGAUGGGUCGAGUGUCACUCGAGCAGGGGUUGGAUGGGUCGAGUGUCACUCGAGCAGGGGUUGGAUGGGUCGAGUGUCACUCGUGCAGGGGUUGGAUGGGUCGAGUGUCACUCGUGCAGGGGUUGGAUGGGUCGAGUGUCACUCGUGCAGGGGUUGGAUGGGUCGAGUGUCACUCGAGCAGGGGUUGGAUGGGUCGAGUGUCACUCGAGCAGGGGUUGGAUGGGUCGAGUGUCACUCGAGCAGGGGUUGGAUGGGUCGAGUGUCACUCGUGCAGGGGUUGGAUGGGUCGAGUGUCACUCGUGCAGGGGUUGGAUGGGUCGAGUGUCACUCGAGCAGGGGUUGGAUGGGUCGAGUGUCACUCGAGCAGGGGGUUGGAUGGGUCGAGUGUCACUCGAGCAGGGGUUGGAUGGGUCGAGUGCCACUCGUGCAGGGGUUGGAUGGGUCGAGUGCCACUCGUGCAGGGGUUGGAUGGGUCGAGUGCCACUCGUGCAGGGGUUGGAUGGGUCGAGUGUCACUCGAGCAGGGGUUGGAUGGGUCGAGUGUCACUCGUGCAGGGGUUGGAUGGGUCGAGUGUCACUCGUGCAGGGGUUGGAUGGGUCGAGUGUCACUCGAGCAGGGCUUGGAUGGGUCGAGUGUCACUCGAGCAGGGCUUGGAUGGGUCGAGUGUCACUCGAGCAGGGGUUGGAUGGGUCGAGUGUCACUCGAGCAGGGGUUGGAUGGGUCGAGUGUCACUCGAGCAGGGGUUGGAUGGGUCGAGUGUCACUCGUGCAGGGGUUGGAUGGGUCGAGUGUCACUCGAGCAGGGCUUGGAUGGGUCGAGUGUCACUCGAGCAGGGCUUGGAUGGGUCGAGUGUCACUCGAGCAGGGCUUGGAUGGGUCGAGUGUCACUCGAGCAGGGGUUGGAUGGGUCGAGUGUCACUCGAGCAGGGGUUGGAUGGGUCGAGUGUCACUCGUGCAGGGGUUGGAUGGGUCGAGUGUCACUCGUGCAGGGGUUGGAUGGGUCGAGUGUCACUCGAGCAGGGGUUGGAUGGGUCGAGUGUCACUCGUGCAGGGGUUGGAUGGGUCGAGUGUCACUCGAGCAGGGCUUGGAUGGGUCGAGUGUCACUCGUGCAGGGCUUGGAUGGGUCGAGUGUCACUCGAGCAGGGCUUGGAUGGGUCGAGUGUCACUCGAGCAGGGGUUGGAUGGGUCGAGUGUCACUCGAGCAGGGGUUGGAUGGGUCGAGUGUCACUCGAGCAGGGGUUGGAUGGGUCGAGUGUCACUCGAGCAGGGGUUGGAUGGGUCGAGUGUCACUCGUGCAGGGGUUGGAUGGGUCGAGUGUCACUCGAGCAGGGGUUGGAUGGGUCGAGUGUCACUCGAGCAGGGGGUUGGAUGGGUCGAGUGCCACUCGUGCAGGGGUUGGAUGGGUCGAGUGUCACUCGUGCAGGGGUUGGAUGGGUCGAGUGUCACUCGAGCAGGGGUUGGAUGGGUCGAGUGCCACUCGUGCAGGGGUUGGAUGGGUCGAGUGUCACUCGUGCAGGGGGUUGGAUGGGUCGAGUGUCACUCGUGCAGGGGUUGGAUGGGUCGAGUGUCACUCGUGCAGGGGUUGGAUGGGUCGAGUGUCACUCGAGCAGGGGUUGGAUGGGUCGAGUGUCACUCGAGCAGGGGUUGGAUGGGUCGAGUGUCACUCGAGCAGGGGUUGGAUGGGUCGAGUGUCACUCGUGCAGGGGUUGGAUGGGUCGAGUGUCACUCGAGCAGGGCUUGGAUGGGUCGAGUGUCACUCGAGCAGGGCUUGGAUGGGUCGAGUGUCACUCGAGCAGGGCUUGGAUGGGUCGAGUGUCACUCGAGCAGGGGUUGGAUGGGUCGAGUGUCACUCGAGCAGGGGUUGGAUGGGUCGAGUGUCACUCGAGCAGGGGUUGGAUGGGUCGAGUGUCACUCGAGCAGGGGUUGGAUGGGUCGAGUGUCACUCGUGCAGGGGUUGGAUGGGUCGAGUGUCACUCGAGCAGGGGUUGGAUGGGUCGAGUGUCACUCGAGCAGGGGUUGGAUGGGUCGAGUGUCACUCGAGCAGGGGUUGGAUGGGUCGAGUGUCACUCGUGCAGGGGUUGGAUGGGUCGAGUGUCACUCGUGCAGGGGUUGGAUGGGUCGAGUGUCACUCGAGCAGGGGUUGGAUGGGUCGAGUGUCACUCGUGCAGGGGUUGGAUGGGUCGAGUGUCACUCGAGCAGGGGUUGGAUGGGUCGAGUGUCACUCGUGCAGGGGUUGGAUGGGUCGAGUGCCACUCGUGCAGGGGUUGGAUGGGUCGAGUGCCACUUGUGCAGGGGUUGGAUGGGUCGAGUGCCACUCGUGCAGGGGUUGGAUGGGUCGAGUGCCACUCGUGCAGGGGUUGGAUGGGUCGAGUGCCACUCGUGCAGGGGUUGGAUGGGUCGAGUGCCACUCGAGCAGGGGUUGGAUGGGUCGAGUGCCACUCGUGCAGGGGUUGGAUGGGUCGAGUGCCACUCGUGCAGGGGUUGGAUGGGUCGAGUGCCACUCGUGCAGGGGUUGGAUGGGUCGAGUGUCACUCGUGCAGGGGUUGGAUGGGUCGAGUGCCACUCGUGCAGGGGUUGGAUGGGUCGAGUGCCACUCGUGCAGGGGUUGGAUGGGUCGAGUGUCACUCGAGCAGGGGUUGGAUGGGUCGAGUGUCACUCGAGCAGGGGUUGGAUGGGUCGAGUGUCACUCGAGCAGGGGUUGGAUGGGUCGAGUGUCACUCGAGCAGGGGUUGGAUGGGUCGAGUGUCACUCGAGCAGGGGUUGGAUGGGUCGAGUGCCACUCGUGCAGGGGUUGGAUGGGUCGAGUGCCACUCGUGCAGGGGUUGGAUGGGUCGAGUGUCACUCGUGCAGGGGUUGGAUGGGUCGAGUGUCACUCGAGCAGGGGUUGGAUGGGUCGAGUGUCACUCGAGCAGGGGUUGGAUGGGUCGAGUGUCACUCGAGCAGGGGUUGGAUGGGUCGAGUGUCACUCGUGCAGGGGUUGGAUGGGUCGAGUGUCACUCGAGCAGGGGUUGGAUGGGUCGAGUGUCACUCGAGCAGGGGUUGGAUGGGUCGAGUGUCACUCGUGCAGGGGUUGGAUGGGUCGAGUGCCACUCGUGCAGGGGUUGGAUGGGUCGAGUGCCACUCGUGCAGGGGUUGGAUGGGUCGAGUGUCACUCGUGCAGGGGUUGGAUGGGUCGAGUGUCACUCGACCAGGGGUUGGAUGGGUCGAGUGUCACUCGAGCAGGGGUUGGAUGGGUCGAGUGUCACUCGAGCAGGGGUUGGAUGGGUCGAGUGUCACUCGAGCAGGGGUUGGAUGGGUCGAGUGUCACUCGAGCAGGGGUUGGAUGGGUCGAGUGUCACUCGAGCAGGGGUUGGAUGGGUCGAGUGUCACUCGAGCAGGGGUUGGAUGGGUCGAGUGUCACUCGAGCAGGGGUUGGAUGGGUCGAGUGUCACUCGUGCAGGGGUUGGAUGGGUCGAGUGUCACUCGAGCAGGGGUUGGAUGGGUCGAGUGUCACUCGUGCAGGGGUUGGAUGGGUCGAGUGUCACUCGAGCAGGGGUUGGAUGGGUCGAGUGUCACUCGAGCAGGGGUUGGAUGGGUCGAGUGUCACUCGAGCAGGGGUUGGAUGGGUCGAGUGUCACUCGAGCAGGGGUUGGAUGGGUCGAGUGUCACUCGAGCAGGGGUUGGAUGGGUCGAGUGUCACUCGAGCAGGGGUUGGAUGGGUCGAGUGUCACUCGUGCAGGGGUUGGAUGGGUCGAGUGUCACUCGUGCAGGGGUUGGAUGGGUCGAGUGUCACUCGAGCAGGGGUUGGAUGGGUCGAGUGUCACUCGUGCAGGGGUUGGAUGGGUCGAGUGUCACUCGUGCAGGGGUUGGAUGGGUCGAGUGUCACUCGUGCAGGGGUUGGAUGGGUCGAGUGCCACUCGUGCAGGGGUUGGAUGGGUCGAGUGCCACUCGUGCAGGGGUUGGAUGGGUCGAGUGCCACUCGUGCAGGGGUUGGAUGGGUCGAGUGUCACUCGAGCAGGGGUUGGAUGGGUCGAGUGUCACUCGAGCAGGGGUUGGAUGGGUCGAGUGUCACUCGAGCAGGGGUUGGAUGGGUCGAGUGUCACUCGAGCAGGGGUUGGAUGGGUCGAGUGUCACUCGAGCAGGGGUUGGAUGGGUCGAGUGUCACUCGUGCAGGGGUCGGAUGGGUCGAGUGUCACUCGAGCAGGGGUUGGAUGGGUCGAGUGUCACUCGAGCAGGGGUUGGAUGGGUCGAGUGUCACUCGUGCAGGGGUUGGAUGGGUCGAGUGUCACUCGUGCAGGGGUUGGAUGGGUCGAGUGUCACUCGAGCAGGGGUUGGAUGGGUCGAGUGUCACUCGUGCAGGGGUUGGAUGGGUCGAGUGUCACUCGAGCAGGGGUUGGAUGGGUCGAGUGUCACUCGAGCAGGGGUUGGAUGGGUCGAGUGUCACUCGAGCAGGGGUUGGAUGGGUCGAGUGUCACUCGUGCAGGGGUUGGAUGGGUCGAGUGUCACUCGUGCAGGGGUUGGAUGGGUCGAGUGUCACUCGUGCAGGGGUUGGAUGGGUCGAGUGCCACUCGUGCAGGGGUUGGAUGGGUCGAGUGCCACUCGUGCAGGGGUUGGAUGGGUCGAGUGCCACUUGUGCAGGGGUUGGAUGGGUCGAGUGCCACUCGUGCAGGGGUUGGAUGGGUCGAGUGUCACUCGUGCAGGGGUUGGAUGGGUCGAGUGCCACUCGUGCAGGGGUUGGAUGGGUCGAGUGCCACUCGAGCAGGGGUUGGAUGGGUCGAGUGCCACUCGUGCAGGGGUUGGAUGGGUCGAGUGCCACUCGUGCAGGGGUUGGAUGGGUCGAGUGUCACUCGUGCAGGGGUUGGAUGGGUCGAGUGCCACUCGUGCAGGGGUUGGAUGGGUCGAGUGCCACUCGAGCAGGGGUUGGAUGGGUCGAGUGCCACUCGUGCAGGGGUUGGAUGGGUCGAGUGCCACUCGUGCAGGGGUUGGAUGGGUCGAGUGUCACUCGUGCAGGGGUUGGAUGGGUCGAGUGCCACUCGUGCAGGGGUUGGAUGGGUCGAGUGCCACUCGUGCAGGGGUUGGAUGGGUCGAGUGUCACUCGUGCAGGGGUUGGAUGGGUCGAGUGUCACUCGUGCAGGGGUUGGAUGGGUCGAGUGUCACUCGUGCAGGGGUUGGAUGGGUCGAGUGUCACUCGAGCAGGGGUUGGAUGGGUCGAGUGUCACUCGAGCAGGGGUUGGAUGGGUCGAGUGUCACUCGAGCAGGGGUUGGAUGGGUCGAGUGUCACUCGAGCAGGGGUUGGAUGGGUCGAGUGUCACUCGUGCAGGGGUUGGAUGGGUCGAGUGUCACUCGAGCAGGGGUUGGAUGGGUCGAGUGUCACUCGAGCAGGGGUUGGAUGGGUCGAGUGUCACUCGAGCAGGGGUUGGAUGGGUCGAGUGUCACUCGAGCAGGGGUUGGAUGGGUCGAGUGUCACUCGAGCAGGGGUUGGAUGGGUCGAGUGUCACUCGAGCAGGGGUUGGAUGGGUCGAGUGUCACUCGAGCAGGGGUUGGAUGGGUCGAGUGUCACUCGAGCAGGGGUUGGAUGGGUCGAGUGUCACUCGAGCAGGGGUUGGAUGGGUCGAGUGUCACUCGAGCAGGGGGUUGGAUGGGUCGAGUGUCACUCGAGCAGGGGUUGGAUGGGUCGAGUGUCACUCGUGCAGGGGUUGGAUGGGUCGAGUGUCACUCGUGCAGGGGUUGGAUGGGUGUCAGAACGAAUGCUCUGAGCCAGUGUCGAGACGGCGGAAAUGGAAGUGGGGAAAGGCGGGGAAGGCGAGGAGCAAAGCGCAGAAAGCAGUGGGUGUAGAGAGGGGUUGA